AUGGAGCAAAACCAAAACACCUCCCCAUCAUCAAACCCAAACACUACCUCAUCUCUCGGGUUUGCCGGUUAUGAAGAUUAUUUCAACCUUUUAUCGACUCAAGGCUCACAACAGAUCCCAUACCAAGGCGCAGCUUUCAGCCCCGCUUCACCGCCACUACAGUUUCCCAACUCACAUUUCUUUCAACAAAAUCAAGGCGGUCAAAACCCAAAUUUACAACAAAAUCUUUUCCCUUCUUUUGCUUCGAUGCAACAACAAACCAACCAACCAUCGCCUACGACACAACAAUCGGGUGAAGCGGAAGCGGGAGGUAGUAGGAACAAGAAAGGGAAAGGGAAAGGAAAAUCAAAAGGGAAAUCAAUAGCGGUGGAAUCUGAAAAUGCAAACGUUCCACAUUGGUGGACACCGGAAGAGGAAUACGCUUUGACGGCGGCUUUGUGUGCUACUUCAAAGGACGAACUUCGCGGAAAUGGAAUGAAAAAAGGAGCUUAUUGGGGGGCGGUGCUCGACAAGUUUCACGCUAUUUUAAAGAAAAAUCUGUAUCGCAACGACAUGUUGAGCAGCAAAUGGAGUAUGAUAAGUAAGCGGUGCAGCAAAUUCAACGGUAUUUACAACCGGAUUGCGGCGCAACAACAAAGUGGAACCAACGACUUUGAUUUGUUCAAAGCUGCUAAAGAACAAUAUCGGGUCGAAAUGGGUCAUGUUUUCGACUUUGAAAAAUCAUGGGAAUUGUUGCGAGCGGAUCCAAAGUGGAAUAAAACGCAUACAUCGUCGGAGGUUCAAUCCAAAAGGUCUCGCAAUUCUAGUUCGGUCGACGUGUCGGACGCACGGACUAAUAGACCUAAACGCCGAUGA